CACACUGAGUGUCCCCGGGUUUUGUCAGCUCUAAUAAUAGUGUGGAUCAGGUUCUGGACGGCCAGUGGACUGUAGAGCUGCUGUGAGGAAGAGGAGGAGCUCUUUCUUUCUUCGGCUCAGCUCAGUCACUCUCUGAUGUCCUCCUCGUCCACUGCUUUUAUUUUAGUCACCACCUGUUGUUGGAAUAUUUGUUUUUUGGGAUUAUUUUCCACCUCCGUUGAUUUUUAAACUUCUUGUACUGUUGUUUUAAAGUACUUGGUCAUAUUUUGAAUCGCUUUGAAUAUUUUUAUAACAGACUUAUGAUUUAAAUUCAGGUUUUUUUUCUGGCGCUUGAACAUCACAUAUCCACCACUCCACAAUCUAAAAUAUAUAUUUUGAUUUAAUUUGAUGGUGUUUUAGUGGGUUGGUGUGCUCUGGUUCUGGUUCUGGUUCUGGUCUGGCUCAGGCUGCUGUCUUUGGGUUGAGCUGAGACCUGAGACGCUCCAUGCAGCGCUACCGCCACUAUGGCACCUCCUACUCCUCCUCACCCCCCUCAGCUCCUGUAGAGGUGAUCCAGGCCGAAGAGCAGGAGGUGCAGGAGGAGGAGGAGGAGGUUUACACAGAAGAGGAGGUGUGUGAGGAGGAGGCUGAGCCGCUGAUACAGGAGGAGGUGGAGCCCGUGGACCAGGAGACAGAGGGGAAGACAGCGUCGCAGGAAAGCAAGAAUGGGAAGAAGACGGAGAGAGGAGGAGCAGGAGGAGACGCAGCAGCAGCAGCAGCAGCAGGAGGCUCCAAGUACUCCAUGUUCACCUGGUUUGUGGUCUUGGCUCUGCUGGGGGUCUGGAGCUCCGUGGCCGUGGUCUACUUCGACAUCGUGGACUACGACACCGUCAUCGCCAGAGCCAAGGAGUUUCGAAUGAACUUUUCUGAAGUUUUACAAGGGAAACUGACGGCCUACGACACAGACGGAGACGGAGACUUUGACGUGGAAGAUGCUAAAGUUCUGCUCGGGCUGAAGCCGGCAGAGAGGCCACAUGUGGGAGAUUCACCUGAGGAGAAAACAGAAAAGAUUCUGGCUGAAACGACCAAUCAGGACCCUGCAGAGCCACAGGAGGCGGAGCCACAGGGGGCGGAGCCAGCAGAGGCCACUCCGUCUGAAACCCCAACACAGGAGACAGAGAGCGGCCCGUCACCUGUUCAUGAUGACGAUGAUUAUGAUGAAGCCUCUAGAUCUCAGGAUGUGGAGUCUGAAAUACAAGCUGCCGUCCCUCUGCCUCCGCUGGUGGAAGAUGAUUUUGUCCCAGAUGAUCCUCGAGACAGCCGGCAUCCUUAUGAAGAUCAAGCUGAGAGCAUCGACACGACUGGAGUUCUGGUGGAGGAGAAGCCGCCGGAGGAGAGCCUGGUCGAGUCGGGACAAUAUGUAACGAGCUCCAGGUUCACACAGGAAGCAGAUCCAGCUGUGGAGAAACAGUCAGAACCACCAGCAGAACCAGAACCAGAACCAGAACCAGAACCACAGAGUGAAACACCAAAACACACUGAGACUGAGGGAACAAAAACGAAACUUGUCGAGGAGAAGCUCAAAGAAAAAGUGAAGAAGAAGAAACCAAAAUUCUUCAACAAGUUUGAUAAAACCAUUAAAGCCGAGAUCGACGCUGCAGAGAAACUUCGCAAAAAGGGGAAGCUGGAGGAGGCUCUGAGAGCGUUUGAGACGCUGGUGCAGAUUCAUCCACAGAGCCCCCGAUCUCGCUACGGAAAGGCCCAGACGGAGGACGAUCUGGCUGAGAAGCUGCGCAGCAACGACAUGCUGCAGAAAGCCAUCAACAGCUACAGAGAAGCUGCUGAGCUGCCUGACGUGACCUCUGACCUCCUGAGAGCCGCUCUGAAGAGACGAGCUGAGAGGCAGCAGUUCCUGGGUCGGAUGCGCGGCUCUCUGGCGACUCUGGAGAAGUUGGUUGAGAUCUUUCCAGACGACAUCGGGCUGAAGAACGAGCUGGGCGUCGCCCAUCUGCUGCUGGGAGACAACAAGGGCGCCAAGAAGGUCUACGAGGAGGUCCUGGCGUCUGCUCCGGCUGACGGCUUCGCUAAAGUUCACUACGGAUUCAUCCUGAAGUCAGAGAACAAGAUCGCAGAGAGUAUCCCAUACCUGAGGGACGGUCUGGAGUCGGGGGAGCCGGGGACGGACGACGGACGGUUUUAUUUCCACCUGGGAGACGCCCUGCAGAGGGUCGGAGACAACAGCGCGUAUCACUGGUACGAGCUGGGUCAUAAACGUGGUCACUUCGCCUCCGUGUGGCAGAGAUCGCUGUACAACGUGGACGGGCUGAAGGCUCAGCCCUGGUGGACGCCUAAAGAGACGGGAUACACAGACCUGGUGAAGACGCUGGAGAGGAACUGGAAGACCAUCAGGGACGAGGCUCUGGCUAUGAUGGACCAAAGCACCGGAUCGUUCGUACCGGAGGAGGAGAACCUGAGAGAGAAAGGAGAGUGGGGCCAGUACACCAUCUGGCAACAAGGUAAAAAAGUAGGAAGUGCUUGUCAGGGUGUCCCGAAGACCUGCUCACUGCUGGAGAGAUACUCUGAAGCUACAGGCUGCAAGAGAGGACAGAUUAAGUUCUCGGUGAUGCAGCCAGGCACUCACGUCUGGCCUCACACCGGUCCCACCAACUGCAGGCUGAGGAUGCACCUGGGCCUGGUGGUCCCCAGAGAGGGCUGCAGGAUCCGCUGCACCGACCAGACCAGGGAGUGGGAGGAGGGUAAAGUCCUGAUCUUCGACGACUCCUUCGAGCACGAGGUUUGGCAGGACGCCGACAGCUACCGCCUCAUCUUCAUCGUGGACGUUUGGCACCCGGAGCUGACGGCGUACCAGCGCCAGACCCUCAGCGCCAUCUAGACCCACCCGGGACCCACCCGGGACCGGAGCGGACCUGGGACCAACCGGGACCGGAGGAGGACCAGGACCCUCCACAGAGCGGGUAAGAACCAUGUGACAGACUAAUGGGACCAGCUGAUUCUUCUUCUUCUUCUGUGGAUAAACUGCUAAAUAAAGACAGCCGGGAAGAAUCACGUUUUGACUGACGGAUUUUUGUUUUUACUUUUUGUGGAUAAACUACUAAACCUGCCUGUGGAAGGAUCAGAACCAUCAGACUGAAGGAUGGAAACUACUGACUUUACAACCAAAACCAAGCCAACGGUACAUUUUAACCCCUGAUUCACCAGGUGAACCCUCUUUGACUGGAUUUAGGUUUUUUUUCUGCACCUGGAGACGUUUGGAAACUGGACGUCAUCUUUAUUUCUUCAUAGUCGUCGAGCUGUUUCUCAAUCGGCUCAAAUCCAUCAAUAAUUUAGAGAUAAAUUGUGUUAAAACGCUUAAAGUCGGAACAGGAUCUUCUUUAAAACGACCCGCCCACUUUUGAUAAUGUUGUUUAUGAGGUAAUGAGAUAAAAAAAAAGCCUUAAUUUCUACCACGAUGCAUUUUUCUUUCAGUUCAUCCAGUCGGGGGUUUGCUUGUUUUUUUUGUUUCACUUUUUCAUCACAUUUGCACAGUAAACAAGGAAACACAAACAUGUUAUAAAAGAUGAUUUAUAUUUAUAUUAAAAACAAAUAAAAAUGUGCAAGAAAAAAAUUGCAAUCACAAAACAAAAGUGUUUGUUUCUUUUUGCUGAUUGUUUUUUUUGUUUUUUUGUGGACUGUUUCUAUGGAAUCAGAAAUGUGUCAAUAUAAGCAAACAAAGUUUCUAAAAUAUCAAAGAAAAGAACAAAACAAAGAGAAAAUCCUCCCAAAGUAAAACAAAGAACUUCCAAACUAAUGGUGUAAACUUUUGUUAUGUAAGGUUUUUUUUUUUAUCUCAGUGGAAAGUUUUUCCUGUGAGAUGACUUUUCAAUGGAGUUUUAUUCUCUCUUCAAUUAUAGUUUGGAGAAGAGGAUUUUUAAAAACUUAAUAUCCUAGAAAUCAUUCUAAAAAUCUUCAUAAAACAUAAAUUAAUUAAUUAAAAUGUUAGGACCUAAACUUUUUUUUAAAAAAUAUAUAAAUUCAUGAAAGACCUCAAACCAUUCAGAAAAAAUAUUAAUAAUGAUAAUAAUAAUAGUAUUCAAUAUUAAUAUCUAAAAAUAUAUUUUUUUAAAUUAAAGACAAAAAACUUUAAUAAAUCAUAACAUAAAGGUCCAAAAACUUUUAAAAAUAAAUUAAAAAAUAAAAACACAAUGACCUAAAAUUUUCCAAAAAUUAAUAAAUGAAAAUCUAAAGACCUAAACUUCUUCUUU